GCGGGAGCCCGAGGCAUCCCCGGCACGGGGGAGUGCGUGUGUGUGCGCGGGGGGCGCCCCGCCGCCCCGCCGCCCCCCGCCGCACCGCAGCGUGCGGGCAGCGAGCGCGAUGCGCCCCGCGCUCGGCUCUGCGGAAUAGCGCGGCCGCCGCUCGCCCUCCGCGGGCUUGGGGCGCACGGACCCGACCGCUGGCCAUCCCCUAUUGAUGUCCAUGAAUGCAAACACCAUGAUUUUCAUGAUCCUGGGCGCCUCUAUCGUUAUGGCAAUAGCUUGCUUGAUGGACAUGAAUGCGUUGUUGGACAGAUUUCACAAUUACAUCUUACCGCAUCUGAGAGGGGAAGACCGAGUUUGUCACUGCAACUGUGGAAGGCAUCAUGUCCAUUACGUUAUCCCGUACGACGGGGACCAGUCGGUGGUGGACUCCUCGGAGAACUACUUUGUGACUGACAAUGUAACCAAGCAGGAGAUUGACCUGAUGCUGGGACUUUUGCUGGGCUUUUGUAUAAGCUGGUUUCUGGUGUGGAUGGACGGGGUUCUCCACUACGCGGUGCGAGCCUGGAGAACCAGCCGACGGUAUGACAACUCCUGGUCUUGGAUUCCCAAAUUUUGUAACUUGAAGGAGUUCAGGAAACGUCACCACCGGCAGUACGAGGAGGCGACCGGGAACAUGGUGCACAUCAAACAGAAGCUGUACCACAACGGGCACCCCAGCCCACGGCACCUCUGAGGAGACCUCCCCCCUCUGGAGACUGCAGGGAGCUUUUAAAAACAAAAAGAACAAAAAAAAAAAGGACUUUGCUCUUCUUCCAGCCGGAACAGCUUCUGGUUUGCUCCUCCGUGGAAGCCCAGCCGAGGACACGAUUUUACUGAUCCAUAUCCCGGGACGCACCACGAUGCACAACUAAAGCCAGUCCUGGAUGCCACGCAGCCAAGACAUUGCACUGUGUUCCACAUUUUAUUGUCAGACUCGUGUAUAUAUGUAAAAAAAAAAAAAAAAAAAAAAGCAGAGGAACUAAAACAAACAACACAAAAAAAAAAAAAAAGAGAGAGAGAGAGAGAAAAAAGAGAUUUGCAUUAUACUUUCAAGCCCCCCCCCUGAAUUUUCCCCGGCAUUCCCGGCUGUCCUGCACAUCCAGCUGCCCCCCGAGGGGAAUGUUGGCCGAGGGGAUGGAGGUGGGACAGCACCAAGAAGAUGCAGAGUGUCUCAUCCAAGAGCUCAAGCCCCCCGUUUCUUUGGUCCUUUGGCUUGGUUUUGCUCUGCCCUGUCCCUUCUGUUGCUAAAAUGGCUUUGGCUGGUCACAGGUUUGGAUGGGCACUGGGAAGGCACAGUGCCCCUUUUUGCUUUGGUUUGUGUUUUGGGGAGUCGCUGUGGAGGGAAGAAAAUCCUGGGAAUGUGCAAGUGGUUUGUUGUUUGAGUUGCUGUACACACUGAAACCUGCCUUAAGCAAUCCAGGGAAUCUCAGUGCCAGGGGAAGGGCCCCGUGAGGUGCCAGCCCGUGGGGCAGGGCUGGCCCUGCCUGGGUCACCCCUCUGGUGGGACCUUGGUGGUGUCAGUGCUGUUGUUCUUCACUGGAGCUGGAGGGGAGGGAGGGAGGGAGGAGUGGGAUGGUGUUGGGUCUGACUUUGCACCCUGAUCACACCCCUCUGCUCAUAAACACCCCCCAGCCCUUGCCUGGGAGGAAAGGAGCUGCUCUCCCCCUCUUUUGGAGGGAGAGCCCAAGGCCCUGGUUAAACCACCCCAAAACCACUGGUAGUGCAGUGAGAGGGUCCUGUGAACAGUCUCACUCCCCCUGCACAUGAACAAACACCUAUUUCUCGUGCUCCUGCCCUGAGCUGAAACAGCAGCAGGUCUGGGCUUGGCUUGAGGGACACAGAGAGGUAGAACCCAAAGAAAAACUCCUCUACAGAGCCAAAUGUCCCAAAUGUCCCAUGUUCACACGGUUGAAUCACAGCAUGAGGAUGCUCUGAUGUGGUUUUGUCUUUGCUUCCCCCAGUCACACCUUAGAUGUGACCAAGGGUCUGAAACCAACCUCCACACCCAGAGACCUCCUUCCCCUGCAGGCAGAGGUACCUGAAGGAGCUGACAAAGCCCCUGUGUGGUGGUGUCUGAUUCUUGCAGUGGGUCCUGUUCUGCCUGGUGGGGAGAGAGAGAAUUGAUCGAGAGGAAUAAAGGAGGGAGAUGCCCCAAGAAGUUAAGAUGGUAGCCCCGAAAUCAUGUCUCCUUUGUUCACCAUUUUGUGUUGAGUGGGUUUGUGCUCAGAUGGGGAAAACACCCAGGACAAAAGAGGAUGAAUAUUGGCAGAAACUGCUGGUUUCUUCCAUGGAUUCCUGUUGUUUGAUGGCAAUAUCUGUGGAGGGAGAAGGACACCAUCACUCCAGCUCUUUCCUCCCUGCUUCAGCUUCUGUGUCUUGGGGUUUGUUUGUUUUUUAAUUUGCUUUGCCCAGGGUCAGUUCAGUUAAUUACAAGCCCCAAGAGCCAAACAUUCCCAUUUCUCUGCCAUUCCUACCUUUGCUAUUCCCUAGGGCCUCUUGUCUUGGAGCCCCAGUUUCUGUCUGGGCCUAAAUAAUUGCCUGGUCCAUAGUUGUGUCUGUUUGACUGUCUGUCAUUUCGGGUUCCCUGUGGCUGGAAUGUCUGCAGCCACCUGUUGGGAUCUAAGGAAUGACUUUUUCCUGGAGCAGCUCCUUUCCAAGACACACAGCUUUGCACCCUCCUUGUGCCAUGGCACACACACUGAAGUGGCAGGGAAGAGCAGGUCUUGUGUUAUCCAAGUGUCUUCAGGUGGGACAACAUUUUGCAGAGGAGAAAAUUCCAUCGUGGUAAGGAGAAAUAUUGAAUCUCUGGAGCCAGUUAUGGGGGGGAAAAAAAAGCACUUUAAAUAAUCUUUCCACUUGGAGCCUCUCCAGAGAGAGACUUAAGGCAGUGGCUUAAAGUCAGACUGAAUAUAAAGCCUGGUUCUGCCCUGCUCUAGCAGCUGACCUUGGUUGAAAUAUCAUUAAAUAUGGGACAACUGGAAAGAGUGAAGUGAUGGCUCUCACUCAUUAAGUCUGAUCUGUCUGAUCCACAGCAAAAUUUCAGAAGAACCUGAGGCUCUGGAAGAAGGAGAAAAAAAAACCCCACAUAAUGCAUAAUCCCAUUAUUUAAGAACAGAAUUUUUUUUUUUAAUUUGGGCCUGUAGCUCUCACCUCGUGAGCCUCUUUCUUGUUCACACAGUCAAAAAAAAUAAAUCAAAGAUAGUCUCAGUGCAAUUAAAUUUACUGGGAGUCAUUUACUGGUCUUGAAUGCACAGAAACCAGACGUGUCCCAGCACAAACUAAACCAGUGGGGAACUUACAAGAUCUUCGAUUCUCAUCCUUAAUAAACAUGGAUUAAAAUUCCUUCCCAUGCAGGGAGGGAAUUCUAUUCCUGACCCACGAGAUCUGCUGCAUCUUCUGUGGUUUCAAACAGCUGAGCAGCUCCUGGUGUGAGGUGGGUUUUCCUCUGAGUCCUGGAGGCUGCUGUAGAUUCCAGCCUAUGGAGCAGAAGUGGGAAUGUGCCUGUUUUGGGGCUGGAUAAUCUCCCAUAGAUUCCAUCCUGUGGAGCAGAGGUGGGAAUGUGCCUGUUUUGGGGCUGGAUAAGGUCCCACAGAUUCCAUCCUGUGAAGCAAAGGUGGGACUGUGCCUGUUUUGGGGCUGGAUAACCCGUAGAUUCCAUCCCAUGGAGCAGAGAUGGGAAUGUGCCUGUUUUGGGGUCGGAUAAUGUCCCUCACAGGUCAGGCUGCAGCGGUGAGAACCCCCUGCACAGGAACAGUUCAGAUAUUUAAUGUCCAAAAAAAAGCUAGACAAGGGCUGUUCCCCCCAGCCCCGUGUCUGCCAUGUCCCCUCUCCGGGGAACGAGGUGACAAAGCCCCCAGAGAAGCAGAAGGUGAGGGAGGUUUUUGGGUGUCGCAGAACCCCAUCACUGUCACUGCCCUGCAGCCCCUGCUCUCCCUGCCUGCCACCAUCACUGCUGUCCCCCUGCCACCCUCUCAGCUGAUCCUGCUCCAGUGGGAGUCCUCCCAGCCCUGUCUGAUGUGUGCUCUCUUGUCCCUCUGUCCCCGUGAGGUCGCUGCUCUUGCUGUCAGCUCAGUUGUCCGUGGUCCUGCUGUUCCUCUGUGCAUGUGUUUGUUUUGCUUCUCUCUGCUGUGGGGGUGUUUUCUCCUCGUUUAAUUGUCCCAGAUGUACUAGUGUUGACUUGUUUGUUGUUCUCUUGCCUCUGAUCCAGUCUUCACACACACACACACACAAAAUAACAAACCAAAAAACCAACCACAGAUGGAAACAACAACAACAACAACAACAACAACAAACACCCAAACCCAGCGACAACCCCAGGCAAAAAAGGGUUUGGUUGGGAGCAAGUGGCUUUGGCACCAGGGAGUUGACAAAACAAGGGCAGGAAGGGAGGAAAGGGGGUGCAGAGCUGGCAGCUGUGCCUGUGGUGGCAGCUCUGUGGGACACGGGAAUGGGAUCUGCAGGACAGGGGAGUGGGAAGUGUUGGGCCACUCUCAGCACUCGCCCGCCAGAUGCUUUGAGGGAGGCUCUGAUGGUGGUGGUGGGGUUUGUGGGCUAUUUUUAGAGCAGAGACAGAGCUUAAAACUGUGCAUGUCGAUCUUCCAGAGCUGGGAUUGGCACUGGGAAUGUUCUCCUGCGUUUUUGGUGUGAGGAGCCCAGGUCUGGCUGCCUGCACGCCCCAUGGGUGUGUGCUGGGGGUUGGGAGCUGCUGCAAAGGGGAGGAGUGGAAAGACAGGUGGAGAAAAGCAGGGGAUUGAGAAAUCCAUUGCAUCAACCAGCAGCUCCUUUUUAAAAUCAAAUCCUGUGCUCAGUACCAGCACUGCUGAAUAAACCCCUUUUUCCCAUAAAAACAACAAGAAGGACCCUUCCUCGUUGAGGAGCAGUUUGGGAAGGUGUCUCCUGUGAUUCCAUCCAUCCAUCCAUCCAUCCAUCUGUCCACUGUGCCCUCCUACUGCUCAGCCAGCCCUUGAGCCAGCCAGGGACACAUCCACUGGCCCAUCCUGGCUGAAAUACCUGGCAGCACUUUAUCCAUUAUCAGUCAAAGACCAGGAGGGAGCCAGGAAUGUGUGUCCCGGGCACUGACAGCAGGGUGGGGUGGUUUUAGUUACUCUUGCUGCUAUUCUACCUCAUUUUCUGGUUGUGCUCAGCUGGGAGAAGAGAAUCCCUGAUCAAAAGGGGUAUUAAACACAGUCACUAAGGUGAUUAAGGGACUGGAGCAUCCCUCCUGUGAGGGAAGGCUGGGAAAGCUGGGGCUGUUCAGCCUGGGGAAGAGAAGGUACAUAAAUACCUGGAGGGAGGGGGCAAAGAAGGCAGAGCCAGGCUUUUUAAGUGGUGCACCAGAGGCAGAGGGCAAAAAAACGAAACAUGGGGGGAUCUACUUGAACAUCAUGGAUCUCUUUUUUUACUGGGAGAGUGGUUGAGCUCUGGGACGAGUUGCCAGAGAAGAUGUGGAGUCUCUGUCCUUGGAGACAGUCAAAAGCCAGCUGGAGAUGGUUCUCAGGCAGCCUGCUCUGGGGGGACUGUGCUUGAGCAGGAGAAUUGGACUAAAUGAAUUCCAGAGGUCCCUUCCAGAUCAAACCAUUCUGUGAAAAAAAAAAGGUGCCAGGUGAGCUGAGGCUGAAGAGACCCAGAGCUGGUGGUUGAAGCCCAGGGCAGGCAGUGCAGACACAAACACCAACAGCCUUUGGAUACCUUGGAUAAGGUCUAGGUGAGCCCAGGCAGGAGAAAGCCCCGACCCAAGGUCAUUCCCCAGCUUGGGAGAAAGCACAUGGUGAAAAGAGAGGGGGAUGUUCACCUUGCAGAGUCCCCUGCAGGAGGUGGAGGUUGGCAGGGGAUCAGUGGCACAGGGAGCUCAGUCUCAUGUCAGAUCUCACCCCAUUGAACAUUCAGCGUGGCACUGAGGGAGAGUGUGGGUGAUGAGGCCUCUUCUGGGUUCAGGGGGCUUUGAAGGCGCAAACAGCCAAUAGAAAAUCCCAGAGCACCUCUGGAUGGGAAAGAACAGAAGUACUUCCAUCACCAGAGCGUGUGGUACAAGCAGACACUCAGAUCAAUUGUUUUCCACCCUGGAUAUGUCAGUGGGACAGAUCUGUGCUUCAGUGAGAGGCAAUGGGAUGUAGGACAGGGAACAGACAGGGCAGGGACACAGGAUUGCUGGUUCUACCCUAGGAUGGAGUGAAGAUGAGGUGUCCCCUCAGCCCAGCUCACUGGGGUGCCCAGGAGAAUGUGAAGCAGCAAGUGAAUUCAGUGAAAAAAAAUUUAAAAAAGCCAAGUCUACGAUCUUUCUGCAGGGGGCUGUUGGGGCAGAGAAGGAAGCAGAGGAGUGGGAAAGCGCGGCAGGUGUAAGGAGGAGCUGGGCUGCCAGUCUGCUGGAUCCUGGUGGGCCUCCAGGAUCCUGCUCCUGGAUGUGUGUCCGUGCGUGUCCGUGCACUCACCGCCGUGUGUCCUCCUCAUGUGUUCACUGCAUGAGCCUGUUCCUCCUCCAGUGCCUCCCUCCCAUUUGCACUCAUUUCUUUUCCAAAGGGGUUGCCAGUUUGAGUCCCCUCUCGGAGCUGAGCCCUGGGGUGACCCCAGGGUGGCUCAGCCCCCAGCUCACACUGACCAAGGCAGGGGAAGCCCUUGCAGGGCAGAGCACUCAGUCCAGGCAGAUUUUUCCACUGGUGCUCUGCACUGAGAACAUGAGAACGAAGCUUGGAGUGCUGUUUUCCCUGAUUGUUAAUCCUUCUUUUCUUCAUUUCUGCACCCAAACCAGUUUUGCAUGCACCAGGCAGGGAGAGGCACAGCACAUGUCGAGACUAAGAGAGAGAGAGAUUAUACUCUGCUCCGAGUCUGAUCACAGAAUAAUCUCUACUGUGGUUGAAAAGCAAUAAUGGCUAAUUUUUUAAAUUCAAUAUACUUGCACAGGCAGAUGUCACCCAAGGGUUUGUGCUCUCCAGUGGCUGUGCUGGAGGGGUGACAACCUGUGCUGAGGGAGCAGCUGAAGGCGCAGAGAGAGCUUGGGGUGGGGGAGGCAAUAGAAAAAGCACACUGUGAUUUUAUUUGGGUCAACGAGUGAGUGUAUUUCAGCCAUUCCUUCCCUUUCAAUAAGAUGUUUGUACAUAACCAGUUCAGCUCCUGGAACUAAGCCCGUCCUUUGCUGUUUGUCAGUAAAAUAGUUUUUUGCA